AUGCCACAGACGAUAUACAGCGACAACGCAACGAACUUCGUCGGCGCCGAUCGCAAGUUGCGCGAACUCAAAGAGGCGUUUCUGUCCCAGUCUCCAGAAGUACUGAAAUUCGCCGCCGUAGAAGGGUUCAAAUUCGCCUUUAUACCACUGAGGGCGCCGCACUUCGGCGGGUUAUGGGAGGCGGCAGUGAAGUCCGCCAAACAUCUCGCCGUGCGCGCAAUGGGCAACGUGCUGCUCACCGCCGAAGAGCUAGGAACACUGAUAGCCGAAGUGGAGGCCAUCCUCAACUCUGCGGCCCUCGCACCGUUGAGCCAGGAUCCCAACGAUGGCGAAGCAUUGACUCCAGCACACCUAUUAAUAGG